CUUAUUGCUCUUGAUCAUCAGCUAUUUACAGCAGCGCGAGCUUGCAAUUGAGUGCCAGUGUCAGUUGCUUAUUUAGUCAGUACUCAACGUUUGACAAGUACAGAACACAAAAUCUCGAAGUUUUCUACUAAAAAAAAGAGCACAGCUGUAAAAAAAUGUCCACAAUUGUGAGGAAAUUGAUUAGCACCGACAAUGCGGCCAAACCAGUAGCGCCAUAUAGUCAAGCUGUCGUUGCUGAUCGUACUGUCUAUGUAUCCGGCUGUUUGGGCUUGGACAAAGACACCAUUAAACUGGUGCCUGGCGGUGUAGAGCAGCAAACCGAGGCGGCCUUGAAAAACUUGGUUGCCACUCUGGAGGCCGCCGGCUCUGGCGUUGACAAAGUGAUCAAAAAUACAAUUUAUGUAAAGGAUCUGAAUGACUUUGGUGCGGUCAAUGAGGUUUACAAGAAAGUGGUGACUAGAAUUAUAUUGGUUGUAAAAAAAACAAGACAUAGCUUAUCAGCAGUUAGUACCCUGUUGUAGUAGAAUCUGAAUGACUUUGGUGCGGUCAAUGAGGUUUACAAGAAAGGUGAGUGGCUUACAUGGUAUUGGUUUUUAUUUUUUGCAUUUGUUAUUGUUGUUUUUUUUAACCUAAUCAAUAUUGAAUAAUCGUUUAUUGUCGGCUAAUUGUCAAGUAAGUGACUAGAAUCAUAUUGGUUGUAAAAAAA